GCUCCUCCACGUAACUCAGAGUGUUUGCAGACUUGCUCCUCAACUUGGGCUUAAGUUAUCGAUCAAGGUAAUGAGAUUUGCCUGCUAUCGCUUAGCGUUCUUUGUAAUAUUUUACAUAUCCUUGCUUUCCACCGGGGUCUAAAGCUUCACAAACCACAAAUAGUUCGUAAGUGUUACGUAACUCCAUUGAGAAAACUACUAUUCCGUUAGCUUUUUAAAGUAUUGACCGAUGAUCUGCAUUUGUUGAUUAACGGAGUUGAAAAAACUGUAGGGAAUUUAAAAAUGGAAAAUAUCCGUCCGUAAGGUAAAACCUGUCUUCGUUUAUUUCGUGACCGAUUUCGUGGCAUUGCUGGCGGCUAUAUAUUGCGGGGCUUUCACUCUUGAACAGUCCGUCGUUGACGUUUACAUGAGAAUUUUUUUGUUAAGCUUUUUAAACUCUAGCCAAUACACGUGACAAGAAUCCAAAAGCUUAUUUGAACAAGAAAGCGAUCUCGUUUAAUGAUCGUUUAAAAACCAUUAUGUUGUCCUAUUGAUCACAUUUACAAAUUUUAUCGUUCAAAAUUAUGUAAACUUACUGCAUUAUUCAUGUUCAAACCAGCCCAGUCAAAACCUCUGUGGGGACAUUUCGUUCUUUAUCCGCAGCCACCGUAAGGAUGGCAGGUUUUUGAAUAGGGAGGAAUGGAUGUUUUCUCCAGAGAAGCUGACAAAAUGUGAACUGAUAAGGUGCUGAGGAAAAAUCAACCCCGCUGAUCUCAUUUUUCAGAGAGUGCCGACAGGGAAUUAAGGGUUUGGAUUCCAUCCAUCUUUGAUUUUAUCUGGAAAGGAAAGGAUAACGUUAAACGCUCUGCACUUUAAUACUAGUGAUAUCGAAGAUGGAGGAGUUAAAGCCCCACAUUACAAUUCCAUAAUUGAAAGACAAAGAGUACUUUGCUGCAAGAAAUUGGCAAAUGAUCAACAGAGUGGAUGGAAAACAAUCCUAUUCUGACUUUGAUUUGAAGAAAUUGUCAAUCAAAUUACCAGCCUUUCAUGAAGAAUGCUUAAAAUUUUUUGUAAAGUGCUCUGCUGUAAAUAUUUUAAAUAUACAGGAUUUAAAUGAAAAAGACUUGUCAAAAGUUAUCUUAUGGAACAACAAAUUUAUUUGUAUCGGUGACAAGUCUGUGUAUUUUCGAAAUCUCGCUUAGAAAUUAGGGAUCCUUUGAGUGGGUGAUUUAAUCUCAAAUAAAAAUGAACUUAUAAUCAAAAGUGAGUUGAGAGUCUUGCACCUUUUGCCCUUGGAAGCCUUUAGGCUUAAGCUUGUAUCUUUAAAAUAGAGGCUCUACCAACUCAAUGGCGUGAAUGGUUGAAAACCUGCAUCUCGACAGGUGACACAUCAUUCAAUUUGCAUGGUGAGAUUAAGUUAAGCUUAAGUGGUCAAGUUGUUUUACUUGAAAAAGGGUAUUCGAAAAUUGUUUAUGAAGAACUUCGAAACAGAAUCGUCACUCCACCAACUGCUAAACUAAAGUUUAAUACUCAUUUUGUUAAUGACACUUUGAAUUGGAAAAAAAUUAUAGCUUGCCAUAUCGUGUUGCCGUGGAUACAAAGACUCGCGAAUUUCAAUAUAAAUUACUAAACAGAUGCCUUGUGACAAAUACCCUCUUAUGCAAAAGUGGUAUUAUAUCAUCUCCAGCGUGCUCCUUAUGUGGUGAAUCGUAUGAAUCCCGCGAACAUCUUUUCGUGUCUUGUCAUUAUACUAAGAAUUUCUGGUCUGAGGUUACAAAAUAGCUCGUUGAUCAUAAGGUCAAGAUUGAAAAUCUUUCAGACAAAGAUAUACUGUUUGGUAUUGUUGGAUGUGAGGACGAGAUUUUUGUGAAUCGUCUUUUAUUGCAGGCAAACAAUAUCUAUACCCUUGUAUACAGAACAAAAUAAUAUUCUCCCUUCAUUAGAGUUCUUAAUUCCAAAAUUAAUACCGUUUUCUUAAUCGUUUGGAAUUCCUCACAGAUAAGUGGAGAACUAAUGUCCUGAACCAAAAAGCAGCGAACUGGAAAUUGUUUACAUGGAAAAGCAUGUAAAAUGGUGUCAAUGCUUGCCCCUCAUGUGUUCUCUCAAUCUCUGUGUCUUUCAGUGCAAAUGAUGGUCCCACUUGGACAUAUAUAUAUAGUGAAGCUGUAGUUAUACAGUUUAUUGAUCUAACUACACAAUCAUUUAAAGUUUAAUGGUAGCAGUGAACUUGGUUCUGAAGUGCAGAUUGCUUUGCUUUAGCUGGAGUAAUAAAAGGUUUUCAACACUUAACCUACCGUAAAAUUCCAAAAAUAAGCCCCUCCAUGUAUAAGCCCCUCCAAAUAUAAGCCCCUCAAACCGGUAACCCAAAAAACCCUCCGUUAAAUCACCCCUCUAAAUAUAAGCCCCCCGGGGGCUUGUACUUGGAAAAUUGCCCUCAAAUACAAAGUAAAACAUAGCAAAAACAGUAAAUUUACUUCCAACUAUAAGGCUAGCCCAAUCGAUUUUGAAAUGCAAACUUCCCUCAGUAGAUAAGCCCCUCCAAAAAUAAGCCCCUCAAAAAGGGCCGUUGAAAAAUAUAAGCCCGGGGCUUAUUUUCGGAAUUUUACGGUAUCUUCCGGUAUCUUUAAUUUAAUUCCCUGAUAUGUUGUGGUGUGCAGCAGUUAUGGCUGGCUGAUGAAUUUUCUUACUGUGGACUUACAGAGACUAGUAUGACCAUUUAAUUAAACAAUAAACUUUCUCUGAUAGACACUCCUGAAGGUAGACAUCAGAAUAAUGCAACAACCUCAAAUUACUACGUUGAUUUGCCAUUUUGAGCUAUAAGAAUAACAAUGCACACAAUAUUUCAAUUAAAUCCAUUUUUUAAUAUUCCCACAUGAGUGACACAGUUUGUUGGGUGGCCUGUGUAAAAAAUAACACUUGAGUAGAAUGAGGAAAAAACAAUUAUGAUUGAAAUAGUUUUUUUCGUUUCUUGUAUUCCAGAAUUUUAUGAUUCAUAAUGGACUAUGACAAAUGAGUUUAUUGAAGAGAGCUGAUCAUAAUACAGGGGGCAAAGAAAAUCAUUUUUACAGCUUGCCAUUCGGGCAAGCUGAAGAAAGCAUUUACUAGUGCAAACGUCAUUUCAACUAGCCCCAAAAGCUUUCUGACGAGCAGAAUUGAUUUCACAGUUCUUCCUCAGUUUGAAUUCCUCAAAAAUCAUUACUUGCCCGUCGGGCAAGUUAAGAACAGAAUUCACUAGCCCGAUAGCAAAGUCCACUAGUCCCGGGCUAUCGGACUCCACUUUCUUUGCACGCUGAUAAUAGCAAGUCUGCUCUUAUUAAAACACAUCAACUAAUAAAAAUAUUCAGAGCACCCUUCCCCUGUGACACAUUUUUGUUAUCAGAGCAUGUAUAUUUAUAUGGAAAGGUAUUAAAAUUUCACUUCCUUAAAAUGAAAUUUACAUAGUUUUUUUUUCUAUCCUAAAAUAUACAUUGUUAAAAAUUAUUUAGUCCUGAUGAUGCAUGCAUUUAUGACAGUCAGAUAUGUUGCGGUGCUAUUGGUUAUUGGUGUUCAUGGCUCCACUCUCUGACUAUGUGUGGUCAUUGAAGCCUUGUCCAGGUGACACUAGGGGUGACAGGUCAGUUAUUAUUAUUAUUGUUAUUAUGUCGUCGCUGUUGUUGUCAAAUUCUCCUUAGCUUGAAUUAGAGCGAGACCUAAUUAUUAUAAAAUGGAAACGAAGUACAUGCAGAGGGAGUAAAACUUACCAGUAAUAAAUUAUAUGUAUUUUCAAGUGAAAUAAUCACCUUGUUGUGACCUCUCCCCAUUAUUAUUAUUAUUAUUUUUUCUGCCUAUUAUGGUAAUUAGUGGGGGCAUAUUGUUAGCAGUGGAUACAAAAAUAAUGAAAAUGAUAUGAGUCAUUUUAUGCAAUAAAGGAAUUUCAAAUUUAAUAUUUCAAACUUGCCAGACCUAAGCCUGCCUAAUAUCCUAUCAUGAUGGCUUUGGCUUUGUCCUGAUAUGGUUUGCAUGCUUAUUACAAAAUUGCUUUGAAUACUAGGCGUUGCAAUCAUGACCCCACACACAGAGUCUGUGCCCGCAUAGGAGUUACAGAUACUUCAUUUUGGAAAUUCACAGGACAAAGUUCAUGGUGUGGAUCAAUUAGUGAGUAUAAUAUAGCUUGAGCUAAACCAAAAAAACCCACGGUAUGGUCUACACAUAUGACUUCUCAGAGACUUAACAGUAUAGAUCAAGACACUAGAGUAAUGAUAUUUGUUACAGUAAAUAAUUAUUGGUUCAAACCAAUCAGUUACCGGUAACUUAAAUUUGAGAUUAAGAUUUUCUAAAAGUAAUCCUUGUCAAGAUCCAGCACUUUGCAUUGGGGUGACCAUCUUGGAUUCAUAUGUCCUAAGUCUAGCCUGGGAAGGAGUGUCAAAUGUCCUUAGGAGGCAGGGGACGGCUUGGGAGGAGGCGAUACCCUUCCAUUAUAAACCCUGGCGCCCAACCCCUUGGUACAUAUGAAACCAAGAUGGCUACCAGUAGGCAAACUGCCUGAUCUUGGCAGUCUUACAGAAAAUUAGGGGACUUUGGACUGUCUUAAAUCUUUGUUCUUGGAUUAAACAACAAUACACUGUAUGAUCACUCUUAAACAAGAACGCCCUUCCAGCGGGGUUAAACUCUCGCUUGCUUGGAGAUUAGAUCAAGAAAUGAGGAUAAAUGUAUACGAAAAUUCAAGGGCGUCGAUUCUAGAGAAAUUACAUCAUUUGCCAUAGAUCAAAAAAGUGAGUUACAUGGCACGUCAUUUCAAUCAUCGCUGAAAAUAAACUGCAUGCUCAUCACAAGACUCAUUUGCAUACAAUGAAAGUUUACAACAUGCGACCAGUUAGUCUUUUGCUAAUUAAGAUUCUUCUUUUUUUUUCGACCACCAAAGUGUUCACUUGUUCCAAAGUAAUCAACGCGUUCAAGCGAUAGAAUUCAUCGACAGACCCAUUCCGGAAAAGCUCUAAACCUAAGCUUUCUUCCCAAAACAUGCGUGGCUUCGGUCACGCAACAAUACUUAUUCCCAGUUUCCAUGGUCUCCAUUUGGAAUGCCUGGGACCACAACAGUCAUUUUGUGUACUAAAUACAAAGAAAAAAUACCGCUUGCAUAUAAUGAUUGAGUCUUGCUGCUUACACAAGCAAGACUAAUAAGAGUAGCAGAUCUUGGAGAGCUGCUCAUGGGAUGGCAUCUGGCCUCUCUGAAUCUUACAGUCCACAGUUGGAUUAUAUAACCAAAGCAAUACAUUUGUUUGUUUUCUUAUACAAUAAAUACUAUACAUCAGCAAGUCUUUCAAUUAACAUUUCUCUGUACUCAAAGUUAUUUAAACAUUCAUAAUGUUGGUGCCUUAAACAAGUGAUUUGGUUUCCUUUGAUUUGUUACCACUUUUACAUUUUUAUGUUAUGUACAUGUAGGUGAUUAUGGUGAUCAAAAUGAUGGCAAACCACUAUGUCCACCAGAUAAGCCCACCUGGUGUAUUUGCAAGUGGGCAACUGCCAGUUGGAUCAAGGGAGAAGGAUGCAAUGAGGUUCUUGUUAUUUUCUAUUCAAUUUUAUAAUAAUUGGGUCGCAUGUGUAUAUGAAAAAUAAAAAUAAUAAUGAUGGUGAUGGUAAAUUAAAUAUAAUGAUGAUAAUGGUCAGUGUUAGUGCUCUGACAAAUUUGUGUAUAUAUUUAUAUCUGUAAAAAUAUAUGUAAUUAUAAUAAGAAGUGGAUUUAAAGUGAAUAACAAAAAAUUCAUGGCUUGUGGUCAACAAAAACUUGGAAAUGAACUUGCAGUUAAAUUAUUCAGUGUGUCGGUUUCCCUUGUGGUUCAUUAAUGCUACUGUUAAGAUUAUUUUGUUUAUCUUUAAAAACAGAAUAUCCAGUUUGAUUGUGAAGCCACUGAUGUAUGUGACCUAAAGGUAAAUUGCCAUAAUAAUUUUUGUAUCCCUUUAUACUUUCUUUAUUAAAAUUAAGAAAAUUUGGAGAAUAUCACAUUAUGUCCUUCCAGUAAAGACGUGCAUCAGCAUCACUCUUUAUACUUUCUUUUUCCAAAUUAACAAAAUUUUGAGAAAAAUUCGCAGGAUAUCACAUUGUCCUUCUAGCAAAGACGUGCAUCAUGUUAUAGAACAAGACUUAGUAAUCUGUCAAUUUAUAUAUAUAUAUAAAAAAAAACAUAAAAACAACUCCCUUAACUCUAUUAGUCCUAAUUAUGAACAACCUCAAUAGAUCGUUUUCAGUCACGUGGUCAGUAGCUUGGCAAAUUGCUUGGAAUGAAAGUAAGUUUUAACAUGUGAAAAGAGUACAAUUCCCACAGGAUUUUUUUGGUGGACAAACAUGGCUGCCGAUUCAUUGUUUUGUACACAAAUAUGGCUGCCGUGACAUCCGUGUAAAAAUGAUCUUUUUUCUGCUUACAGUAGUAAUAGAGAGGUUAAGCAUCACGUUUACGUCAAACGGCAAAUGUGAAUUUGUACCACAUGAUCAAGUUUCCGUCUGCUUUGUCAUUUACUGUUCAUCAUUUCUACACAUAAAUUAGUAGUUUCAUGCAAUUUUUUAUCCAUAAGAAUUUUUUUAGCUCUUUUUAUCUGCUCAUUUUCUAUUUUGAGAAAUUCUCAGCAUGAAUCUGACGUUUGCCGUUUGCGGAAUCUCUCUAAUGAUCAAGAGAAAAAGUUAUGAGAAUUGAUGAAAUGAUGGCUGAAGGGGAAAUGAUUUUAUCUUUUACCAAAUCUUGAACAAAUGAUACAGAUUAGUCUGUAUGUGGAUACUGGGGCUUAAAGUGUUAAUUGACACCACAGAUGUAUUUGAGAGGUAGAGAGGAACAAUUGUGUUAAGUAUAGUCCCCUAAGCAACUAUCUCUUUGUCAACUUUCCAGGCCAGUUACAAAGAUUUUAACGUCGAUUUGAAGCCUGCUCAUGACUGUAUGAUGGUGAAGUGCAAAAAAGAGUGGGAGGCCUGUGGCAAGGCUGCUCAAACUAGAUCCUAUCAAGGUCGAGAUUUGUUGGAAGUUUGA